AUGGAUUUUAAUAGCGACUCUGACAAUGAUAGCGACUACGACCCUUUUGCAGAUGAUAAUUGUUCGGAGUCAGACGAAUAUGAAGCACCUUUUUCAAUUAACGACAACACAACGGGAUAUUCAGAAGAAUAUUACGAUACCGGUUCCCCUCUUAUCGAAUGUUGUUAUUGUAAAGCAAUGAUGUGGUAUCAAGAGAGGAUGCACAAAAGUACACAUUCAGCAAACCCAAAGUUUAUGAUGUGUUGUGGGAACGGAAAAUUUGAACUACCAAUCCUAAAACAUCCUCCGGAACAGCUUGCAAAACUUUUGUUUGAUCAUGACAAUACAGUUAGCCGGAUGUUUCAACAACAUAUCCGACUUUACAAUAUGAUGUUUGCAUUUACAUCACCGAGAGCAAAGUUUGACAAUCGUUUUAACGAUGGCCGUGGCCCCCCAACCAUGAGGAUACAAGGUCAAACGUGUCAUCGAAUUGGAAGUUUGUUGCCUCCUCAAGGUGGAAAACUGAAAUUUGCUCAAUUAUAUAUUUAUGACACCAAAAAUGAGGUGGAAAACCGGAUGCAUGGACUAAGGAACAAAGAAAACAUUCAUCCUGCUGUCGUAAACCAAUUGUCCAGUAUGCUUUACGAAUUCAAUCUCCAUGCUAAUAGAUUUCAAAUGGCGAGACAAUGGUUAAAUAGUGGGGAAACUCAAAACCUGAAGCUACGACUCAUUUCUAGCCGAUCCACCGAUGGGAGAGUCUAUAAUCAACCUAUUGUGUCUGAAGUUGCAGCCUUGGUUGUUGGUGAUAUUGACACGGCAGAAAUGCGGGAUAUCAUAAUGCAAACAAGAGGAGGACGACUUCAGAGAAUCAACGAACUCCAUGCCGCUUACAUGGCUUACCAGUAUCCUUUGAUUUUUCCUUAUGGUGAGGACGGUUAUAGACCUGAUGUCGCUCAUAGGGACUUGCCUGUCAACGAAAAUAGCAUGAGGAAUAGGCUCACAAUUCGCGAAUUUCUGGCCUUUCGCAUUCAAACCAGGUUAAACGAAGCUAAGACUUUGUUAUCUUCUAGAAGGUUGUUCCAACAAUUUCUGGUCGAUGGUUACACAAUGUUAGAGUCCGAGAAACUUGAAUGGCUACGCAAAAAUCAACCAAAGCUUCGAGUGUCCAAGUACAACUCUUUAAAUGAAGAGGGAGAACAAAGUCAAAAUCCAGGUUUAAGCAUGGGUAAACGAGUUAUUUUGCCUCCGUCCUUUGUCGACAGACGUCGGUUUAUGGAUCAACUGUUCUAUGAUGGAAUGGCUGUAUGCAGUAAAGUUGGAUUUCCAGAUUUGUUUAUUACCUUUACCUGUAAUCCAAAUUGGCCUGAGAUUCAAAGAGUACUCGGACCUCUUCAUUUGAAGCCUCAAGAUCGACCGGAUAUCAUUUCAAGAGUUUUCAAAAUCAAGUUUGAUCAAUUGCUUACAGAUUUAACCAAAAAAGGUGUUAUUGGGAAAGUACUUGCUUAUAUGUACACCAUUGAGUUUCAAAAGAGAGGAUUGCCUCAUGCCCAUAUAUUGAUCUUCUUGCAUCCUUCAAACAAAUAUCCAGGUCCAGAAGACAUUGAUAAGAUAAUCAGUGCCGAAGUGCCCGAUCCCGAAACACACCCUCGGUUGUAUAGUUUGGUCAAAUCUCACAUGGUUCAUGGUCCUUGUGGUUUGGCAAAUCCCAACGCACCUUGCACGGAAGACAUGAGGUGCACCAAGUUUUACCCAAAGAAAUUUCAACCUACGACUAUAGUGGACCAAGAAGGCUAUCUGGUUUAUAGGAGAAGAAACAACGGACACACCAUUGAAAAAAAUGGCAUCAUCUUUCAUAGUGGUCGUGUUGUUCCUCACAAUCCAAGUUUGUUGUUGAAGUACGAAGCCCAUAUUAACAUGGAAUGGUGCAACCAAAGUACUUCUAUCAAAUACCUUUUCAAAUAUAUAAACAAAGGUUCCGAUAGAAUUUCAGCAAUCAUACAAGGCCAAGACAAAAAUAACGUUGACGAGAUCAAACAAUAUUUGGAUUGUCGAUACAUCUCCUCGAGUGAGGCAUGUUGGAGAAUAUUUUCUUAUUCUAUACAUGGCAGAAAACCAGCCGUAGAGAGAUUGUUUUUUCACAUGGAAGGUGAAAACUCCGUGUACUACAAAGACUACGAGCAGGUUCCUCAAAGCACUGGCGAGUUGUUUUAUUUAAGGAUGAUGCUCACUGUCAAAAAAGGUCCUUUAUGCUAUCAAGACAUCAAGAUGGUUGACGGUAAAAAACUCAAAACUUUUAGAGAUGCAUGCUUUGCGAUGGGAUUUUUACAAGAUGAUUGUGAGUUUGUCGAGACCAUCAAAGAGGCGCAUCAUUGGGGUUCAGGUCCAUUUUUACGCAAGCUUUUUGUGACAAUGUUGCUAUCUUCAUCCAUGAAUAGACCCGAACAUGUUUGGAGAAAGACUUGGAUGUAUUUAUCGGAUGACAUUCUUUAUGAUCAACGCGUCUUCACAAGAGAUCAAGGUAUUUUAUCUUUACUAUAA